AUGAAUAGGGAAAUUCCAGGGUUCUACUAUGACCCCGAAAAGAAAAAGUACUUCAAGAUCCAGGCCAAUCACAAGGCUACCCCAGGAUCGCAAUAUACCCAAGACUCUGUUAAACGGAAGCGCGUAGAUCAAGAGAAGCACCAAAGGAAGAUCCAUCUGACGAAAAGGGCCACGAAAGAGAAAAUCAAAAGGGCGGCUUUUCUGUCAAACCCUCUACUGGGAGUGCAGAGGGAGAUCGGGUCUGAAGUUGUAUCUUCCAGCAUCCGACAAGAACAGAGAAGCUUGAUUUGCGCAAGCCAGCUUCGUCGAAACCAACUUCACCAAUUCGAGCCCUGGCCUGAUGAGUAUACCAUCAAGCAUGUGCUGCGCAACAAGCGCUCAGGCAUCUUGAUAGCCAGUGGCCAUCGUGGUGGUGAAUCGUCUGUUUCGGCGACGAUGGAUAGUGGUCCGAACGGCGACUCCUUCCUGGCACCGCGAAUGCUGCCCGAUCCUGACGAAGGUGGAGAUUACCGGUGGCCCACGUCGUUUUACCAUCCCAUCCGUCUCCGCACAUCAUCAUCCCUAUGGUGUUCAUCCGCCUGCCCAACCGGCGAGAUGCCGCUUUUCGCCGUCGGAACCUCAGACGGACUAUACACACUCGAGGGAUUCGGCAGCUACUGGGCAUUAUCGAAGAAGUCCUUCCCGAACGAUAUACUAACAGGGAAACCAAUCCUACAUCGCCGGGUAGACUCUUCCCAUGCUAUCGUCUCAAGUGUCGAAUGGCUCUCAUCCGACGUAAUAGCCGCUGGUCUCAAAGACUCGGCUAUAUUCCUCCACGACUUGCGCAGCGGAGGCAGCGCAACCCGACUUCAACACCCCCACGCAGUCACUAAGAUGCGAAGAGUAGAUCCCUACCGGAUCGUCGUGGCGGGUAUAAACUCGCUCCAAAUGUACGACAUCAGAUACCCGGCCAACGGCCUCCAACGCAAUCCACAACCCAACAAAAAACAUCACACGUCAACUAAACCAUAUCUUACAUUUGCGGACUAUUCGCCAGAAGGAAUACCGGAUUUCGACAUCAGCUUGGAACUUGGCCUCCUCGCUAGUGCUAUUCUACUUUGCAGAGUCGGUAAUGACAAGAGUUAA